AUGAUUCAUUUUGGUUCUGAACCAACCAAUGGUAAGAAUCUUAAUAGUGAACCAAUGAAUUCUGAGAAUCUUAAUACUGAACAAUUAAAUGACUUGAAAAAUGAUUCUGAACCAAUGAAUGGUAAGAAUCUUAAUAUUGAGUCAUUGAAUGGUAAGAAUCUUAAUAGUGAACCAUUAAAUGAGGAAAAUGAUUCUGAAAGUGAUUUUUCGGAUGAUUUGAUUGAGACUGAUGAGUUUGAUCAAAUUCCUUUGGAUUCCACUGGAGAUAAUUUCAAUUUGGCUUCGGAUUCUGUUAAUUUAGAUGAAUUGACAGGAAAUAAAUCAGUUGAUUUAAUGGAUUUAUCAACUGUUAAAGAAAGAAUUGAAAAUAUUUGUGGAAUCUUAUCCAAAUGGAAAUCUUUAAAUUCUACAACAAGAAAUCGAGAAUCAUAUAUAAAUGAGUUAAAACAAUUAGUAACGGUAUAUUAUGGAUAUUCUGAAGAAUUAUCAGAUUAUUUUUUCAAGCUUUUUAAUCCUUUGGAAGCUAUUCAAUUUUUCGAUGCUAAUGAACAACCAUUACCACUCACUAUUAGAACUAAUACACUUAAAACCAAACGAAAAGAUUUGGCAGUGAAUUUGAUAAAUAGAGGUGCGAAUGUGGAUCCUAUUGGUGAUUGGACAAAAGAAGGUUUAGUAGUUCAUUCUUCUAAAGUUCCAAUUGGUGCUACUCCUGAAUAUUUAGCUGGACAUUAUAUACUUCAAUCUGCUUCAUCAUUAAUACCAGUACUUUCAUUAUCACCAAAACCAAAUGAAAUGAUAUUGGAUAUGUGUGCUGCACCUGGUGGUAAAACUACACAUAUUGGACAAUUAAUGAAUAAUACUGGUAUAUUAUUUGCUAAUGAUUCUAAUAAACAAAGAUGUAAAUCACUCGUUUCAAAUAUUCAUAGAUUGGGUAUAUUGAAUAGUAUUGUAUGUAAUUAUAAAGGUGAAGAAUUAUUAAAAGUAUUACCAAAAAUGGAUCGUAUAUUAUUAGAUGCACCUUGUUCAGGUUUAGGUGUAAUAUCACGUGAUCCAUCAAUAAAGAUAAAACGUAAUUUAAAAGAUUUACAGCGUAAUUCCAAUUUACAAAAACAACUUUUAUCUGUCUCGAUUAAUCUUGUCAAACCUAAUGGUAUUAUUGUUUAUUCUACUUGUAGUCUUUCUAUUGAAGAAAAUGAACAAGUUUUACAUUAUUGUUUAAAAAAAUUCAAUAUUAAACUUUUACCAUUAGGAUUAGAAAUUGGUAGUCCAGCAAUAUCAAAUUUUAGAGGAAAAAAAUUCCAUCCUUCAAUAUCCAAAUUUGCUCGACGUUUCUAUCCACAUAAACAUAAUCUUGAUGGAUUCUUUAUAGCCAAAAUUAUUAAACUACAUUAA